UGUCGUUUGAAUUAGCUUGCGCUUCCAAUAUUUCGAUCGCCAUGGGCAAGCCAGCGCUGGAAGGUAUUGGUUGCCAAGGUGCUUUGAAUGCUUCCCCUUCGGCUGGAGAGGUGCGACAAUCCACUCAGUGCGAUAGAAGCUCUCAAAUCUGUUCGCCCAGAGUUGGGCUUGCAAGCGUUGGAUGCUAUCCGCGGUGGCUCCUUUGAGACAAAAGGAAAAGAUGCGCGUGCAGUUUCUCCUAAAUCACAUCGACAGCAAAACAAUGAGUAGUUGCUUUGGAUGCCAUGAUCUGGAUGUGACUUAGGUCGCUUGGAGGCGCGGGAUGACGCCCUCAAAAAGAAAGCGAUCAGCGACAUUUUUCCCACAGACCUUUCAGAGAACUCUAUGGCAUUAGCCCAGCGUAUGAUGCACCAAUGCGAUAUUAUUGCGUUCUGCAUUUGUGAAGACUUGGGUUCAGGUGAACAUCUACCAUUGUAACACGGUCAUCAGCGUCACUGGCAAAGGAAAGCUGUGGCAAGAUGCAUCGUUGCUUUUGGGAAUGCUGUCGGUUUGGGAGCUUCGCCCAACUACAAGCUCCUUCAACGCUGCAAUCAGUGCCCGCGUUGAGAUGGACAAAGGUUGGUCGAGGUCCAUCAGCAUCCUACAGAAGAUGCAACAAGUACGAGUUGAAGCAGAUGCCAUCACUGGAAAUAGUGUUGCUUCGGCAUGUCGGGAUGAGCGGGGUUGGCCUUUGUCGCUGGCGCUUGCGGCGCGAGAUCUCGUGGGCUUUGGCACUAUGAUGGCUGCUUGUGAGGUCGGUUCCUACUGGCAAUUAGCUAUGCAAUGUUUGAGGACUCUGCCUCGAAGUGUUCCUGUGAAUCGAAUCCUUUACAAUGCAGUCAUCAGUGCCUGUGCAAGCUGCGGUGAGUGGCAACAAGCAUUGUUUCUUUUGAGGAAUAUGCUGAGCUUGAGAAUUAGAGCUGACGUGGCAGAUUUUAAUGCAUCCAUGGGAGCUACAUCGAAUGGUUCCCAAUGGGCUUUCUCCUUAUCUAUCAAGGAGGAGCUUUUGCACCGCAGGCUGAAGCUCAGCCUUGUCACCGUGAACAUUUGCAUUGGUGCCGCAGAGCAUAGUCAGUCAUGGGAGCUAACACUUCUCGCACAAGACAUGCUCAGGUCGCAAUUACUGCCCUCAACUGUGACGUGGGUUGCCCUGGUGACCGCUACGACACAUGAUUGGCGGCGUUCGCUCUCAGUGCUUGAGUCUAUGUGUCAGGAGGUUAUAUGCUGCAGCUAUGUGCCAUUCCGUGCUGCCAUGGUAGCUAGCUGGUCCUGUGCAUUGGGCCUGAUGUCUCGCCUUCCACAGGCGAAUGCAUCAACCGUCACCUGCAACGCUGUGAUGUCUGCCUGCAGAGGUGAAGGAAAGUGGCAGGAGGUGGCCUUGACUUUCUUCCACAUACGACGCUCUGCCUUCGAACCAAACGCCAUUAGUUAUUUGACGGCCAUCAGUGCUUGUGAAUCAGCGCCUCCAUUGAGCGAUCAGUGGGAAACUGCCCUCAGGCUACUUUUUGCAAUGCCUGCUCAGCGACUUCCGAUCACUGCAAGUCCCUGCAACAGUGCUAUAAGCGCUUGCGAAAAAGCAGGACAGUGGCAGCUUGCAGUAUUUCUGCUGUGGUCAAUGCCACACAAUCGAAUUCCAGUAGACGAGAUCAGCUUCAACGCCGGGAUAAGUGCCUGCUCGAAGGGAAGCGAGUGGGAACUUGCGCUCGUGUUGCUUUCUUCGAUGCCAGCAGUUGCCACGACUGUCACCUACAACGCGGCAAUCACAGCAUGCGAAAAGGCAGGAGCUUGGGAAAUUGCUCUUGCGCUCCUCCUGAGCAGCCCUGCAACUGAUCCAGUCUCCUGGAGUGCUACAAUCAGUGCCUGUGAGAAGGCUGGUCGGUGGCGGCAUGCUCUACAGCUACUGACUGCAAUGAAGGAUUCGCAAGUGACGCCAAAUGCCAUUACAUUCAAUGCAUCUAUCAGCGCUUGCGAGAAAGGUCGGGAAUGGCCUGGAUCCCUAAGCAUGCUCGGGGCAAUGCCGGAAGCAGGGACAGACCAGGACCAAAUUAGCUUCAGUGCUGCAGUGAGCGCAUGUGAAAAAACUGGAGAAUGGAGACACGUCCUGCAAGUUGUGGCUUCGAUGCGGGUACUGGCAAUCUGUCUCAACCGCAUCAUCUACAAUGCUGCGAUAGGAGCCUCUGAGAAAGGUCUUAUCCCAGCUUCUUUUGAGGGCUUUCACAGAUGCAGGGAAUCUUCUGAUCUGAUUCAGUAGCCCUGUGAAAGAAUUCGGUGCACGCAGCAACUCUGAACACGGAUGAUCAA